GGGGGGUUGAAGUUUACUAGUUGUGAAUGUCAUCGUAAAAAAGAGGAGGGAGAGAGGUUGAAGGCGAGGGGGCAAAGAGAGAGGAGCAGUUGACUGCGGCGGAGACCUCGUCGUAAGCGGUGGAGCCGGCGUUCAAACAUUUUGAGCUUGCAAAAAUGGCAAGUGCACCUGCACAAAUCCCUACAAGCUUUGGCCAUGAGUUGAGGGCUUGUCUUCGUUGCCGCCUUGUCAAAACCUAUGAUCAGUUCAGAGAAUCAGGUUGUGAGAACUGCCCAUUCUUUAAGAUGGAAGAAGAUCACGAGCGUGUUGUUGAUUGCACCACCCCCAAUUUUAAUGGGAUCAUUUCAGUCAUGGAUCCAACCAGGAGUUGGGCUGCCCGCUGGUUACGUAUUGGAAGAUUUGUUCCUGGUGUUUAUACUCUUGCUGUCUCAGAGGCUCUUCCUGAAGAUUUACAGACCAUAUGUGAAGACGAGCGCGUUCAGUAUGUUCCUCCCAAGCGUUAAUGAAAUGCAUAGGGGACUUUGUGACUUCACUUUUAAGCUGAAUUGUGUGUGAGUCUGUAGUUGUGGGAUUUUCACUGUCCAUAGUUGUGUUCCGAUGUAUUUUAUAGUGACUGUUAGAAUUCUUCAAGUUCUGUUUCGUGUUUAGUGUUUCUCUUUUGAUGAACAAAUGAACAGAUGACGAUUUGUUCUGAAGAGAUCAUGAGUGACUUUACUUGAUCAAAAUAUCAACGUUUUAUUUA